AUGGCUAGCGAGAACCCUGCUUUCGACCCCCAAGCACAAGCUGCCACCACCCCUUUGAACCCUCAUCUGGACGCACACAUUCGCACUACCAUGAAGACGCAGGUAGGCCAGCUCAGUGCAAGCCUCGAAAAUAGCUACCGCAACGUUGCACACCUAUGCGACGUCAAGCAACGCGCUAAAACCCUCCUCGACAUCAACACCGAGGAUUCCUCUUCAGCGGCCAAAAAGACGCAACUAAUCGACCAACAGCUGGGUCUUCUGGAGGAAGGCCUCCGGCGCGGUUGGACUCUCCUGGAUAUGAUGCGAGGGUCCCUUGGACAGCUAGUCUAUGCAGAUUAUCUUUUCCGUCCUCCGAGCGACGUCGAACUUGCGAGCCUCCAGGAAAAUCUCAGGCUCAUGAGGGAAAAGUACUUGGCUGUGAUUCCUGUACGAAUACCCAUGUUUACUUCGGAUCCGGACUAUAUGAUGCUCCAGUACUCGGCGGGGCCAGAUGGAAACGGCACGAUAAAGACGCAAACGGAGGCUUUCCUUGAACAAAUCAAGAGUUUGGAGUACUCGCUCGGGCAGGCGGAAUCUCUCGGGUUCGAAUGGGUUGAAAAGACGAUGGAUUUGGAGACAAAAGUUGAGACUAUGGAGCAGGAGAAUGGGAGUUUACGGAGAGAGGUAGAGAAGUUGAGGCGAGAGAAUGAGAUGCUAGCGAAAGGAACAGGGCUUGUAUAG